AUGGUGACCAAGAAGUGGAUGGAGCAUUUGGGCCACCCCCGGGUCACCCUGACGGCCUCAACAGGCAACCUCGCCACAAUAAACUCUCGGUCUCCCCUCAGCUCACACGCCUCACCACAUACCCUCCUUCACCUUAUUAAGUACCUCGAGAAGUCACAAAUCUCUUCAGAGGACUGCAAAUGGGUAAGGCGAUCCCUUGAGGAAGAAAGAAGACUAGUGAAGGAAGAAAGAAGACGCCAGGAGAAACUUCAGGAACAGGAGCAGAAACGACAAGAGGAAGAAAGAAGACGUCAGGAGAGACUUCAGGAACAGGAGCAGAGACGACAGGAAGAACAAAGAAGACGUCAGGAACAGCAACAGGAAGAGGAACAAAGACGUCAAGAGAGGAUUCGCGCUCCCCUCCAAAGCAUUCUUGUGACACUUGGAGACAGUUUGUGCCAAGACCCAUUUGGGGCGUAA